ACAUGUCCUGCACUUUUGGACAGAUUUCUGGAGAAAAACUCAGAGCCGUUGUUUUUUCAUCACCUGGACUCGGAAGAUGACAGCCAAAUUGUCUCCUGUGAUUUUGAGUCACUGUGCCUCUGGACUUUAUCAAAUCACAGUGACCAAAGUGACUGGUCUGUGGCAUCACCACAGCAACCAGAAAGUGCACAGACUGGGACAAUGCCUGUGACGGACCACUCAGUGGGAAGCUCUGAUGGACACUUUCUUCUGCUGAGCUCCUCCCCUGCCACUGAGAACUCUGGGAGAUGCAAGUACCAUUUAACCAGCCCAGCGCUGCUGGGAAGUGACAGGCGCUGCAUCUUGCAGGUGGCUCUGUAUGAGGCUGGUCCAGCUGCGGGGAACCUCACGCUCUUGAUCAAGCCAGUUCAUUCAGGUUCAGCUGUUCACUCUGCGGAUCUCACCCACAGGAGGCCAGAUGAGUCCAGGGCGGAGUGGGAUGUUCUGGAGACUGUGAUUGGCCAGAUGACCGAACCCUUCCAGGUGACCCUGCUCUACACUUCCUGUGUGGGUGGAGAUGGUGCCACUGUGGCUCUGGACUCUCUGACGAUCAUAGGCUGUGAAUCUGAUGCAGAACAUCAGGAUGGCGCUUGUGGAGAAUCUUUCCACUGUGAAAACUCGGACAUCUGCAUCGACCGGAGCCAAGUGUGUAACUUCCACACUGACUGUCCACUAGGAGAGGAUGAGGGCUUCAUCUGUGGUGCUCUUCCGUUUGGCUCACACUGUUCAUUUGAACAGGAUGUGUGCGGUUGGUCCAUGUCCAACCAGCAGUCGGUCUGGAGGAGAGUCGCUGGAGAUGAGCUUCUGGGCAAAGAAGAUAUGCAGGGUGUCACUCUGCAGAGGACACCAGGGCACUUCUUGUUUCUGCAGGUCAGAGAGAGGACUUCCCAUGGAGAGGCAUCUCUUCAGAGCUCUUCAUUCCCUCCUCCAGUCUCUUCUACCACCUGCCAGAUGCGUUUUUCUCUGUACCUCUAUGGGCGCUUUAAUGGUUCAUUGCUGGUGACUGUAGUGGAGAAUGGGACCACUACCACCCCACUGUCCUUGGAGAGGGAUGAUCAGUGGACAGAUGACUGGCAAGAUAUUGCCCUGCAGCUGACUGGGCUUCAUCAUGGGUUCCAUGUGAGGGUGCUGGCUGUGUGGGGUGAAGGCUCCGAUGCUGACGUUGCUCUCGAUGACAUUGCAGUUGGAGCAGCCUGCUUUCAUACAAAUCUCAACUCUCUGCUGCCCGUGGCAGACUUGGAGGAUAUCUUGAGUCCCCUUGCAGAGCCUUCGGCCUCAGAGGUGUCUCUGAUGACGUGGUGGUUUAACUCGUGCGGUGCCAGUGGUCCCCACGGCCCAACCCAGGCCCAGUGUGACAGCACCUACAGGAACAAAAAUGUCAGUGUUACUGUAGGGAAGGAAGGCCCGUUGAAAGGAGUCCAAAUGUGGAGGGUGCCAGCUACCAACAGAUACUUGAUCUCUGCCUAUGGGGCUGCAGGAGGGAAAGGAGCCAAAAACCACAACAAACGCAACCAUGGAGUCUUCAUAUCUGCCAUAUUUCCUCUGGAGAAAGGAGAUAUUCUGUAUAUCUUGGUGGGCCAUCAGGGGGAGGAUGCAUGUCCUGGGAGAAAUCGCCUCACCCAGAAGAUCUGCCUGGGAGAAUCAUCAGUGAUCGAGGAUGAACUCAGGGGAGAGGCCAGUGCAGAGUGGGCUGGGGGAGGAGGCGGAGGAGGGGGAGCUACCUACAUCUUUAAGACAGAGGGGGGUGAGUUAGUCCCUUUGUUGAUCGCAGCUGGCGGAGGAGGAAAUGCCUACCUCGAGGACUCAGAGUCCAGUCCCGACCAGAUACCACUGGAGCAGUAUGAAAACAGUACCAUACGUCCCAGUACCAAUGGUCGAAUAGGUGCUGCAGGUGGAGGCGGAGGCUGGAAAGAUGGUCCGACUCUUCAUCUGAGAGCUGGCAAGUCUCUGGUGGAGGGUGCAGUGGGGGGAUUUUCAUGUCAGCUGGCCCUGACUAAGCUCAACUGGUCCACCUUUGGGGGUUUUGGAGGCGGGGGUGGGGCCUGCACAGCUGGAGGUGGAGGAGGAGGUUACAGAGGAGGUGACGCAGCGCUGAUGGAUGAGAUCACAGCUGAUGGUCAGAACGGAGUCUCAUUCAUACAUCCAAUGGGAGAGAUUUUCCUGCAGCCUCUGGCAGCAAUGGAGAGUCAUGGGGAGUGUGAGAUCAAGGUGCAGCUGAACUGCAGCCACUGUGAGAUGCAGAGCUGCAAACGAGAUGAAGAGACCCACCUUAUCCUAUGUCUCUGUGAUGACGAUGAAGUCCUGGCCAGCGACAAUGUGACAUGUGUCAGUACUGUGGCAUCUCCUGAAGGGUUGGCACCGCCGGGCCAGAUGUCGACAUCAUUGAUCCUGGCCAUCGCAGUCUGCACCACUGCCAGCAGCAUUGCACUGAUCUGCACCGGCGUCAUCCUCAACACUUCUCAUAAGCCGUUUUCACACAUGAACUCUGGACUAUGUCCACAGAAUCAGGACCGCGCUUUGUCAAGACUUGCUCUUUCACACAUGUACUCUCCCCCAUGCAGGGAGGUAGUCUGUUCCCUGGGUGCCCCGUCUCCUCCACCCUCUCCUUCACCUUCCUCUUCCUCCCCUUGUGGUACUGCACACACAGAGCUGCAGUCUAUUCAGCUGGAGCUGCAGAGUCCAGACUGCAAACUCAGUAAGCUGCGGGCCUCCACCAUCAUGACCGACUACAACCCCAACUACUGCUUUGCAGGGAAGGCUGCCUCACUCAGUGAACUGAAGGAAGUACCGCGCAAGAACAUCUCUCUUUUUAGGGCUCUUGGCCAUGGUGCAUUUGGUGAAGUCUAUGAGGGGCAAGUUCUGGGCAUGAGCACUGAUAAUAGUCCCAUGCAGGUGGCCAUAAAGACUCUCCCAGAGCUCUGCUCUGAACAGGAUGAAAUGGAUUUCCUAAUGGAGGCGUUGAUUAUGAGCAAGUUCAGCCACGAGAACAUUGUGCGCUGCAUGGGUGUCAGCCUGAGCAUCUUGCCACGCUUCAUCCUGCUGGAGCUGAUGACGGGAGGAGACAUGAAGAGCUUUCUGAGACAGAACAGACCUCGAGCUGGCCGCCAGACCUCAUCUCUCACCAUGCGGGAGCUGCUGCGGAUGGCCAGAGACGUCGCCUGUGGCUGUCACUACCUGGAGGAGAACCACUUCAUACACAGAGACAUUGCGGCAAGAAACUGCUUGCUUACCUGCCCUGGUCCAGACAGAGUGGCCAAGAUUGGAGACUUUGGCAUGGCACGAGACAUUUACAGAGCCAGCUAUUACAGGAAAGGAGGUCGUGCUAUGCUGCCAGUCAAAUGGAUGCCACCUGAGGCCUUUAUGGAGGGAAUCUUCACCUGCAAGACUGAUACAUGGUCAUUUGGAGUGCUGCUGUGGGAGAUCCUCUCUCUGGGUUACAUGCCUUAUCCGUGCAAAACCAACCAGGAGGUGCUGGAGUUUGUCACCAGUGGAGGCAGGAUGGAUCCUCCAAAGGGCUGCCCAGGACCUGUCUAUCGGAUCAUGACCCAGUGUUGGCAGCACUGCCCCGAGCACCGGCCCAACUUCUCAACAAUCCUUGAAAGAAUUAACUACUGUACUCAGGACCCAGAUGUGAUCAACACACCCCUUCCAGUGGAAUAUGGCCCAACUACAGAGGAUGAUGGCAGCACUGUAAUUUGUUCCUCUAACCACACUUCCACCAGCCUCACUCCAUAUCUGGUGUCCCACCCCGUUUCCCAGGAUUCCUCCUCUCAGCUGGGUCUCUCCUCUCUGGGCCUGAGUCGCAUUCUUCUACCCCCCCAGCCCUCCAAACCCUGUUUCCUCCUCCAGAGAACCCAACCUGUCACCCAUGAUGUGACAUCAUGCUGCGAUGCGCUGGAGCCGUCCUGGGCUGAGCCCGCUCUCGCCCCUAGCUUGUGCGCAAGAGGUCACUGGCUUCACCCUGAGCCUCCCCAGCACCGACUUUGCUCUAGAAACAGCUCCUCCUCAGGCAGCCAGAGGCUAAAGAAUAAAACUAAAAACCUGUGGAACCCCACAUAUGGCUCCUGGGUUCUGGAAAAUAUCCGUGGGAAGAAAACACUGGCUCACACUCAGUCCAUGCCGCUCUCAAACUCCACUUCCUCCAUCUCCAGCACACUAACAUGCAAUCCAACUCCAGAGAGCAACAAGGCUGAGUUAGAUAACUCCAACAGCACCCACCUCAGCCCUUCCAGCCUCUGCACUUCCUCAGCUUCAUCCCAGUCCUGCCAGGCUGAAGUUGCCAAGAACACAUUAUCGCAUAAGACCCCAGCAGGUGGCACCACAAAAGCCAGCAUAGGCCUGGCUAAGCUCCAGAGUUUCCCCUGUGGCAACGUCAACUGUGCCUAUGAUGAGCCAAGCUCUGAGGCAGAGAACCUGCUCCUGGUUAUGCCCAAAGCCCCAGAAGCCAUCACUACCACCAGCUCUGGCCUAAGUAUCUCCUCAGGGACUAGCCUGGGACUGGCAUCUUGUAUGUCCAAGACCCUGCUGAAGCGCCAUGCCAGCUACGGACACGAGGACAUGAGGAGACACAAGAAGUUUGAGAAACCCACACGCGACCGAGACUCAGGUUUAUCUCUGUCUGAAGACCAUAGUGUUACCCCAGUCUAAGAAAUGGCUUACUGCAACAGGGA